UUUAUUCUUCACACACAAGUAUCAAACUUGCUCGGUUCAUGUACAUCAAGUACAUCCGAAAAAUUACCGCAUACUCGAGUAUUUAUACUUUCUGAAUGUUGAAGAAAAUUAGUAGUUUUUUAAAAACUUAGAAAUGCUUUCAAAACUAAUCAAAAUUGUUCCAGCUCUCCUAUUAAAUCAAAAACACGACACACGAUGAUAGUUUGCUCAAGUGCCGCCGGCAUAAUUAAUUUCCCGCGUCCCGCGACAGUCUCCGUCUCAAAGCCGCAUCCUCAAUAUUCAACAAUACGCACCGUAGUCAUUACAACAGUUUUUAAAUUGUUAACGUAAUUGGUAUUUUUUAUUAAUCAAUUAAUUUCUAUUACUAUGAUCAAUAAAUCUAUUGUUAUUUAGAUUGCCAUUGUUGAUAUUUUCAUAAAGAAUAAUGUCAUACCAUCUACAAAUAUCCAUGUAAGAGACUCUGAUAUCAAGACGAUUGUCAUGAAUCGAUAAAAUGCUAACUUCAAGUAAAUUAAACAGACUGGUUAUGCUGUUCAUUUUUACAUUAAAAAAACUUUUACAUGCGGACAAGAUAUUUUGAAACAAUAAGUGAUUCCAAAAUAAAAAAUACAUUUUACAGAUUUAUUUUUGUUAUCUAUUUUUACGCAAUAUCGCGCAAUAUUAGCAAUAGUGAAUAAACUAUGGGAAAAGCUAAGAAAGGGAAACGAUCUGGGAAGGAUGAUGAUUUUGAUAGUGAUGCUGAUGUCGAGAGCCAGUCAACGAUUGAGUCCUCAAAGUCUAAAAUGGAACCGGCAAAGGAUAAAAAGAAAAAGAAAGGUGAAGUGGAUAAUUUAGCUAAUGAAUUAGAUGAUCUUCAAUUAGAAAAACCUGAUAAGAGCAAAAAUAAGAAAGGGAAAAGAGCAUCGUCUGAUAUUGAAGACGACGAUGAGGUAGUAGUUAACAAAAACAAAUCAAAAGAAAAGAAAAAGAAAGGAAAGAAAGCUCGUGAUUCUGAUGAUGAUGAUAAUGAAGAUGAUGAAGAUAGUAUAUCUACAAAAAUGGCAACAAAAAAAAAUAAAGUUAAUUCGAAAAAGAAUAAAAAAAAGAAUGAAGAUGAUUCUGAAGAUGAAAGUAUUAAAGUUAAGGGAAAAACGAAAAAAGGGAAAAAAGUAUCUGUUUCUGAUGAGGAAUUUGAUAUUUUACCUCCUCAACCAGUUUCGAAUAAACAAAAAGUCAAAAGUGGAUUCGCACUUUUAAAUAUGGACAACGAUGAUGAUGAUGAUGAUGAAGAUGAAGUUCAGCGUCCAGAUUCAGACGAAGAAGAAGAGAAACCAGUAAGUAAAGAAAGAAGUAAAGGAAAACAGCAGAAUCAACAAAAAAAUCAAGAACCACAAGGAAAAAAAGGCAAAAAAGCCAGAAAAAAGCAUGACAGUGAUGAUGAACUUGAAAAGGCAUUAGCUGAAUUAGAAAUAGAAUAUUCGGGAAAGAAACCAGAUGUAAAAGAAGAAGUAAAACAUGAAGAGGAAAGUAAAGAUAAUAAAAAGAAGAAAAAAGAAAAAAAUGAACCAAAAAAUGAAGGUGAAGCUAAAGCUGUUGAUGAUACCAACGAAGUUAAUGAGAGUAGUACUGUAAAAACUGCAGCACAAAAGAAAAAAGAGAAGAAAGAACGAGAAAAGCAGAAAAAAUUAGCCCAGAAAAAAACGGAUGGAACUGCUGAAAAACCAGAAGCUACAGCGAAAUCACAAACAGAACCUAAAGAAGAAUCUUCCAAGAAAACCGAAGAAACAGCGGAAGAUGCUGAAGAUGAUGAAAAAAAGAAAAAAAAGAAAGGAGGCAAAGAAGAUCCAAAAGAUAAAGGCAAAGGGCCCGGUAAAAAAAUGAUUGCUGCGAUGCAAGAAGCUUUGAAGAAAUUGAAAGAAGAUGAAGAACGUGCCAAACGUGAAGAAGAAGAGAGAAUUAGACAAGAAGAGUUAAGAGAAAAGGCUCGGUUAGAGCAGCUUCAAUUAGAGCAAGAACGUAAAGAAAAGAAAAAAUUAAAGGAAAAACUAAGAAAAGAACGAUUAAAAGCUGAAGGAAAAUUAUUAACUUCUAAACAAAAGCAAGAUAGGGCUCGAGCUUUGAUUAUGCUUGAAUACCUGAAAGCUCAAGGAUCAGGUGUUCCUGAAGUUGGCGAGAAGAAAACAAAAUCUAAAUCUUUAGGAACAAGAUUACGGCCGAAUAAAAUGAAGCAACAGAGUCAAGAGGAAAAAGAUGAUAAGGAAAAUAAAAAUGAAGAACAAACGGAAAAUGAACAACUAGUGAAGGAUGAAGUUCAAGUAGAAAUUGUAGACAAAGUCAAUAAAGCCGAAGAAAAACCUGAAGAUGAAGUCAAAGAUUCUUGGGACGUAGAUUCAUCGGAAGGUGAGCGUCAUGACAAUAAGUCUGAUGAAGAUGUUAAACCAGCUGAAGUAAAACGAAGUGUGCCGAAAAGAGAAACUAAAAUAGAAAAACCAGAAGUGAAAAAGGAAGAGUCAUCUGACAGCGAGAAUGAGUCAGAUGAUGAAAGUGACAAUGACAGUGUAGAGGAAAAAUUAACUGAUGCUGAGAAGAAAAAAGAAAGUGUAAGAGAAAGAAUUCAAAAACGAAGAAUUGAAGCCGAAAAAAAGAAAAGCUUAGAUAAUUUACGUGCAGCGGUUGUCUGUGUUCUUGGUCAUGUCGACACAGGAAAAACUAAAAUUUUGGACAAACUCAGAAGAACUAAUGUUCAAGAUAGUGAAGCUGGAGGUAUUACGCAACAAAUCGGUGCUACUAAUGUACCUAUUGAUGCUAUUAUUGAGUCUACUAAGCACGUAAAAGGGGCAGCCGAAAAGAUAUUUAAAUUACCUGGUUUAUUAAUUAUUGAUACACCGGGGCACGAAUCUUUUAGUAAUUUAAGAAAUCGUGGUUCAUCGCUUUGUGAUAUUGCUAUUCUUGUAGUGGAUAUUAUGCAUGGAUUAGAGCCUCAAACUAUUGAAAGUAUAAACCUUUUAAAAGCCAAGAAAUGUCCUUUUGUUGUGGCGUUGAAUAAGAUUGAUAGAUUGUAUGAUUGGCAAACUAUGAACCGCAAAGACGUACAAGAUAUUAUUAAAUCUCAAGCAGCCAAUACUCAACGAGAAUUUGAAAGACGCUCUGACGAAGUUAUUCUACAAUUCGCUGAGCAAGGACUGAAUGCUGCUUUGUUUUAUAAGAAUCCUGAUCCACGAAGUUAUGUUUCACUCGUUCCAACAAGUGCUAUUACUGGUGAGGGUAUGGGUAAUUUGCUAUCGUUAAUUGUUGAUGCAUGCCAAGGACCUUUGGCCAAACGAUUAAUGUAUAGUGAAGAGUUACAAGCUACUGUACUGGAAGUAAAAGCAUUACCAGGACUUGGUACAACGAUUGAUUGCAUUCUAGUCAAUGGAACGUUGAGAGAAGGUGAGACAAUGAUUGUUGCCGGUACUGACGGUCCAAUUGUUACGACAAUUCGUUCAUUACUCAUGCCACAACCGUUGAAAGAAUUAAGAGUCAAGAAUGCCUAUAUGGAAUACAAAGAAAUAAAAGCUGCUCAAGGUGUUAAAAUAGCUGCUAAAGAAUUGGAAAAAGCUAUUGCUGGAUUAAAUCUAUUGGUAGCACACACCCCUGAUGAAGUAGAUUUUUUGAAAGAAGAAAUUGCUAAAGAAUUAACAAAGGCCUUAGGUAGUAUCAAACUUGCUGAACAUGGAGUAUAUGUUCAAGCUUCGACGCUUGGUGCUCUAGAAGCUCUCUUAGAUUUCUUGAAGACGAGUAAAAUUCCGUAUGCUGGUAUCAAAAUUGGUCCGGUGGUGAAGAAAGAUGUCACGAAAGCAUCCGCCAUGCUACAACAUGAUAGCCAGUACGCAACAAUAUUGGCAUUUGAUGUGAAAAUUGAACGUGAAGCUCAAGAGCAAGCUGAUUUAUUAGGAGUAAAGAUAUUCCAAGCUGAUAUAAUUUAUCAUUUAUUUGAUAAAUUCACUGCCUAUAAAGAAGAACUGAAGCAACGCAAAAGAGAAGAGUUUAAACAUAUUGCAGUAUUUCCAUGCAAAUUACGUAUUCUACCACAGUUCAUCUUCAAUUCUCGUGAUCCCAUCGUUGUUGGAGUGAUGGUUGAAGCAGGAAUCGUGAAGGAAGGAACACCCGUAUGUGUACCAAGUAAAGAUUUCAUUGACUUGGGCGUGGUUACGAGCAUAGAGUACAACCACAAGGCCGUUGAGUCGGCGCGAAAGGGCCAGGAGGUUUGUGUGAAGAUCGAACCAGUGCCAGGGGAGGCGCCAAAAAUGUUUGGCAGACACUUUGAUGAAACUGAUUUCAUUGUUAGCAAGAUAAGCAGACAGAGUAUAGAUGCAUGUAAAGAUUAUUUCCGAGAUGAUCUGAUAAAAACUGACUGGCAAUUGAUGGUGGAACUCAAGAAGUUAUUCCAGAUCCUCUAAAAACCCAUCCAAGUGUCAGGUGAAAUUUAAUUUUUUUGAAAGAAGGUAAUCCUUAUUUUUUGAAUAAUUUAAAGAAUGGUAGAAAAAAAAUAACUGCCUUGGGUUGUUGAAUACUUCCAUUUUUAUUCACAUGAAUAGUGACAAAUAUUGAUAUUGAAAUGAUAAGAAAUUAUAAAUAUUCAUUGAAAGUUAAAAAAAAAAAAAUUAAAAGAGAACAGAUAUACAGAGUUAAUGAAAUUUAAUAUAAUCAAUAAUUGAAGUUUACACGAAUAAAGUUAUAAUCAGGCGUUAUUACGCGAUUGGUAGAACUUGAAUGAAUUGUACUAUAUCAGUCAUUUUUCUCAUGUCAUUCAUGACCUUCCUUGACGAUUCAUUUACGCUGUCUUUAUAAUGCUGUUGUAAUAAUAAUAAGUAACGAAUAUACAUAUGAUAUAUACAGCAUAUUUAGACAUACAUUCACGUAUAUCCAUUAUAUGAAAUUAUACUUCCUUUUUACUUUUUUUUGUCUUGUAAGACACGUCAUAACUAUUUUUCACGUCAUCAUUAUAUGUAAAUAAUUUAAUCAUUGCUUUGAUAUUCACUCAAUUGUUGAAUCACCUCAAGUGAAAAUAUCUUUUUUGUAUUUUUUAAUUGAUAUAUAGAUAUUAAUAUACAAAGAUUUUAACAAUACAAUAAAAAUUUUAAUUAACAAUGAAAUAAUUACCAUUAUUCGGAUAAUACACACAUAUACACAUACUCAUAUCCAAACAAAAUAUCACAGACAUGAAUUAUUAUUUAUAAAAAAUAUUGAUAAUUGAAGAAAAAUAAAAAAUGAACUGCAGGUACUUAAAGCUUUCUAUGGUGGAUAUGUGAACGAAUUAUAAAAAAGAUGAUAAUGUUGAAAAAAUGAGACAUAAUAAAAAAGAAUUGUCUGGAAGGAUUUAAUGAAUACAUUGAUAAAUAAAAGUCAGAAAAGACAUAAUUCCAUUAAUGACUUUAUAAUAUUUGCAUGAGGAAAAUAAUGAUGAAGAAAAAGAAGUAAAUGAUAAAGAUGAUUAUAAAUUUUUACCGUACUUUAUUAAUUUAUUUUUAUUAUUCUGUUUUCUAAGAAAAAAAAAUGAUAAUCAUGAAUACGUUAUAGAGAUCAUUAUUAUAACAAAUAAAACAAGAAAUAUGUACGAUAAUCACUCAUUCUCUCAUGAUAAGCUUAGUCUGUUUUUUGUAUGUGGAAAAAUGUGUUGUAUUUACAAUGUGUAAAAAAAAAAAAAAAAAUAAUAAAUAAAUUUGCAAUAUACGAAUAUGAAAUAACU